AGAAUACACGACAAAUUCUUCGAAGAGUUACUUGAAGAUCCCAGACGUCAGACUGGAAGAUGAAGGGCUUUACAAGUGUGAAGCCACAUAUAUGGCUGUGAAUCGAGAGUGCAACAAUGUUCAGCAUAUCACUCUCAACGUCACUGUGCAACCCCCGUUCGUACGUGUCAUCGACGAGAACACGAAGAACACGUUAAGCACCGGUGCCACUUUAGGACCUAUAAACGAAGGUUCGACGAUUUCCUUGUACUGCGAGAGCGGCGAAGGGAAACCUGUGCCUACGGUCGAGUGGUUUAAAGACGACCAGCCACUAGAAGCAACCAGCUCAACAACGAUCAGCGACAACGGGAUUGGAAACAGCAGCAGUUUGUUGCAGAUGCAAAUCACACGCGACGAGCUGGAUGCAACUUUCACGUGUAAAGUCAACAGCAUAGCGCUCGUCGAGCCCCUCACCGUCGACGUCAAGCUGGAUGUACACGUCCGUCCACUGAAGAUGGAUCUAAACGGGGUAGUAGGUCACGUGGUGCAAGGAACGAAAAUUCUCCUACAAUGUACCGUCAGAGCAGCCAGGCCAGCAGCAAAUGUCACCUGGCAAAAUGGCACCGAGUACUUGAACGAGAGCAACGACAGAUUCGAGAUGUUCGAGACGAAAGUGCAAGAGAACGAGGACGGCACGUCAGAAACCAUAAGUUACCUAGCCUUUACGGCCACAGAAUACGACAAUGGAAGAACGUUCAAGUGUUACGCCGAAAACUCGGUCACGCGUUCCGAGGAUCUGAAACCCAUGAAAGAGUCAACCACGAUCGAAGUUUUAUAUCCGCCUAUAGUAACGAUGCAACCGGAAAAUGUUACUGUCAACGAAACCGAAGAUUUUAUAAUAUUUUGUGAUUACGAGGCCAACCCAGCAAGCUUGACAAAAGUAAUAUGGUACCGGGACGACGAAGAGUUAGUUUUAACCGACGACCACUACGAAGGUGGAAUCACAGAACAAACAGCCCUUACCGUGAAAAAUGCGACACCUAGUGACAUGGGCUCUUACAGGUGCACUCUAUACAAUAAUGUUGGUUCAUCCGUUUCGGAGGACACCGUUCAAGUCUCCGUAUUCUACAAACCGGUAGUCGUAGUGGUAAUGGAUCCGGAAACACCGGUGAACGAAGCGGACCGCUUGAACGUUUCUCUGACUUGCGAAGUUGUUUCUGGAAAUCCAGCAAGCCUGACCGCCGUCCGAUGGUACUUGGACGGGGACCUGCUGAAAGAACUUCCGGAUUGCACGAGAAAUAGCACCGCGACCACCACAACCACCGAGGAAUCUUUAAUUUUCUGCGAUAUCGAUCCGAGCAAGCUGCUGCUGGAAGCGGUGGGUCGUUCCUUUCAUGGGAAUUACUCUUGCGAGGGCAGGAACGAUGCUGGUUGGGGGCCACUUUCAAUGAGUGCACCUGUCGUAGUCCAUUACAAACCUGGCCAAGCUUCGAUCUCGUACGAGCCCCCGCAGGUAAUAAAGAAGCGGCCAUUGACCAUCACGUGCUUCGUGCUGGACCCAGGACGACCAAAGGUAGUUGGUUACAAAUGGUUCCGAGGCCUUCACAGACUUCCGGAUGAAAACGAUGCUACCCUUACCAUAGAGUCCGUUAAUUUGGAAACUGAAGCGAACUUUACUUGUCUGGCUUACAACGAGGCCGGCGACGGGGACCCAGCCACCACGUUUAUCGACGUGUCUGCUGCGCCUGCGUUUAUCAAGAAGUUGCUGCCUUAUCACGGCUACGUGUACAAUUCGCCGAACGUUAGCAUCAUGUGUUGGGUCGAAUGCGCGCCCAUCUGCAAUAUUUCCUGGCUGAAGGGCGGUGUACUCAUGGAUUUCUCGAAAACGAAUCGAUAUUAUCUAUCGAACGUAAUUCAUCCGCCCGAUCCACGAACGAACGACUUCGAGAGCAUCCAAUCGACCCUGGUGUGGAAUCUGACUGCUUGGCCAGCUGGUCAACUGGACCGGGUCGAAGACAACGUGCAAUUCACUUGCGAGAGCAGCAGUAACGGAAUAGGACCUGGGGUCAAGAGCAGCACGCAUUUCCACGUGGAAUUCCCACCAGAGAACAUGACGAUCUCGAAGAGCAUGAUAAACGUCACCGUGGACACGAUACCGGAAAUGGUGACCUGCAACGCGAAAGCGCAUCCGGAAGCCACAUUUCGCUGGUUUCGAGAGGGUUCGACGGAUACCAUCAUCGAAGGUCGUGUCCUCGAUCUGAAAAUACGUGUGCCGAAACGCAGCAACGGAACGUACUACUGCGAGGCAUGGAAUCGCCAUGGAAGACGAAACAUUUCCAUGAUCAUGAAUGUUCAAUUUAAGCCCGAGUGUCACGUGGAAAAGGAACGAAUAGACGGUGUGGAUUACGUGGUGUGCUCUGCGGUAGCGAACCCGAAGGAGACCGAUUUUGUUUGGUCUUUGAAGAGUGACAAUGACACUUUGGAACAAGUUGCCGAACCUCGAAACGGAAAAAGCUACAUCCGUAUCGAUACUUCUGUAACCAAUUUCCGGACGUACGUCUGCGUCGCGAACAACUCCAUCGGCCAAUCGAAUCCUUGCGAGGGCAAUGUACCAGGUCAUAUACCAUGGUGGCAUGAAUUGGAAGGAAAUCUUCUUCUGAUUGUUAUCGUUGCUGCAGUGGUUCUCAUACUUGUGAUAAUAAUCAUCUGCGUGGCUAUCUUCAUCAUCUGUCGACGCAAACGCAACCAGAUGAAAUACAGUAAUCGGGUGGUCGAGCUGGAGGAACGCGAACAUCCAGACGGUGGACCCCCAAGUCCCACGGUGUCCUCUCAUUCGACUCAGACCACGGUGCAGCCAACGCCUGCACCCAGAUGGCCCCUAAAGCCCGGUGUGCUGGUUCACAUCAAUAGAAGCCACAGUCUACGAUCCGGUCUGAGUGUUCGAACUAACGAGACACUGCGAAACGAACUGAUGGCCCGGCAAAACGACGAGCCGAUGGCCGAUCGGUUCUUAAUGGAGACCACGAUCACCAAAGUGCCCGGCAAAGUGUUCCGGCGAAGGAAGGAAAACUCGCAGAGGAGCCUAACUGUGUCCAGUCUGCAUGACGAGGGUAUGCUUGCCAGAGCUAAUAAAAUUAAGGCCAUGUUUGGAGUGCAACUUAAAGAGCAGUCUACUUUGCCCGGUAUUUCCAGGGAAAAGACAGCUGUGACUUACAAAAGAAUAACGCCACGCCAGCGAAUACUGCAUGCGGAAUCGUCGUGCGAACUGAACCGAGCCAACGUCUCCCGUAAGAGAAAAAAACCAGGCGCAGAUCCCAAUCAAGCUGCGAAUAACAAUCACGUGAACAGCGUGUCGGAAGGUCUUCCCGAGUCCGGGGCGAAGACGUUUUACGAGAACCUGCCGUUCCACGGAAUUCAAGCGCCGCCUAACAAGACACUAGUUUUAAUUUUGCCCGGCCGACUCGCAGCCCAAUGGUUCGGCACCAACGAACUGUCCACGGCAACCUCCUUAGGUAUUUUCGGUAAUCAGCUCGGAAUAGCUUUAAGUUUCCUGCUAACUCCGAUGGUUGUCAAAAAUCGCGCAAACGUGGAGGACAUUGGUGACGAUUUGUCGCGUCUCUUCUGGACCGUAGCGAUUAUCAUCACGGUUAUGUUUCUUCUAGUUGUAAUACUGUUCGAAGAAAACCCGAAACUGCCACCGAGCAAAACCCGAGCUAUGCAACAGUUGAAUCAAAUGGAAAUGGACGAAGGUUUCAUAGAACCCGUUAAAAGAUUAUGUAAAAACAAAUCCUACUUGUUACUCUGCAACUCGUACGGUCUGAGCAUAGGUGUAUUGAACGUGGUAGGAACGCUGUUGAAUCAAAUGUAUCUCGCACGUUUUGAGAAUGGAGAAGAAGACGCAGGUAGAAUCGGUUUGGUUAUGACCAUAACAGGGAUGAUAGGUUCAGUCAGUUUUGGAGUGCUUCUCGAUAAAACGCAUAAGUUCAAGCAAACGACCGUGAUCGUGUAUUUUCUCUCUCUAUGCGGCCAAAUAUGCUUCUCUAUAUUCACUUGUCUCGAAAUGAAAUGGAUGGUGUAUCUGUCGGCCUUUCUCCUAGGGUUCUCCAUGGUGGGUUACGUGACCAUUGGUUACGAAAUGAGCGCGGAGUACACGUACCCCGAGUCCGAGGGAAUAACGGCGGGAAUUUUGAACGUGGCCAAUAACGUUUACGGCAUUGUGUUCGUUUUGAUAAUGGGUCGAGUAUUAGAAGUAUACGGGGAUAUUCCAGUGCACGUUGGACUCUGUAUAGCGUUAGCAGUUGGUCUGAUCACUACAGUGUUUACGAAAGACGAGCACAGACGUCAGGAUGCCAAAAAUGCUCAGUACACGCAAGUUAGUCAGAAGGAAAAGAACGAUUGCAAUGGCCUGGAGAAAAAUUGAAUAUUCGGAAGGAAUUGAAUAUUGUUUGAAGUAUGAACUAUUUUUGAAGAUCUUGAAUACGUGUCUCUUUUUUUAUA